AUGAUCGAAUGUCGAGGCAAGGGCGACUGCCAGUGUUCAGUGGAAGUGCCGGUGUACUACUUGUGGACCACCCUGGGAACUCGCUACUGGUCGAGUGUCCCGAAUCGAGGCAGUGGACACCUUCGACAUCCCACCUGGCAUUCUGUGGCCCAUCCAGGACUACACCUCCUUCUUCAUAGAUCCCCGGAACCGAUAACCUUUGUCCGCCCACCCUCGUAUAAGCAUCAACAUGGUUGUCCUCGCCGCCUCCAUCUGCACCCGCGGGGUAAGGCUGUCCUCUCGAGGCAGUUCCGAGAGAUGCCCCGAUCCAGAGUGGAAGCGUUGCUGGCGUCCUUCCCGAAACUAGCAGACAGCGGUACGCAGCAUACGACCGUCGAGCAGGACAACGUUCGCUUCGUUUACCAACCCCUCGACGAGCUCUACAUGGUUCUCAUCACCAACAAGCAGUCCAAUAUCCUCCAGGACAUCGACUCGCUCCACCUCUUCGCUCAGGUCGUCACCAACACAUGCAAGAGCCUCGAUGAGCGAGAAAUUGUGCGACAUGCCUACGACCUCCUAAGCGCAUUUGAUGAGUUGGUUACUCUGGGUUACCGAGAGAACUUGACCAUCAGCCAGAUCAAGACGUUUCUGGAGAUGGAGAGCCACGAAGAGCGCAUCCAGGAAAUUAUCGCUAGGAACAAGGAACUCGAGGCUACCGAGGAAAGGAAGCGCAAAGCGAAACAGCUCGAAAUGCAGCGCAAGGAGACAGCCAGGGGCAUGCCUGAGAAGAACAAGACAUUUAAUAAGCCCUCUGCUCUUAAGGGCAAGGGAAUGCAGCUGGGCAAGAAGUCCAAGACCACGGACAUGUUUGAGCGCGUACGCGGAGAGAUGGGAGCGGAAAUCGAUGAUAGCCCUCUAGUAACCCCUGCGCCUGCUGCUCCUAGCCAAGUUGCCGAACACCGCGCCUCUACCACCAUGGACCGUGACGCCAUCCAUAUCAUUGUUAACGAGUCCAUUACGGCGAAUCUAUCAAGGGAGGGUGCGGUCAACUCUAUCUCAGUCAAUGGCGAUCUCACACUUCGCAUUUCAGACCCGAGCUUGACUAGGAUCCAGCUUGGUCUCACUGCCAACGCCUCACACGGAGUCCAGUUCCGAACACACCCCAAGGUUGAUCGAAACACAUUUAACAAAUCUAAGAUCAUCCAAAUGGCGAACACGGGCCAGGGGUUCCCUGUCAACAAUUCCGUCGGUGUGCUUCGGUGGCGAGCCACUCCCAAGGCUGAUGACACCAGUGCUUGUCCCAUCACUUUCACAGUCUGGAUAAACAAGGACUCGGAUAAGUACAAUAUGACUGUCGAGUACGAGCUCACUGGCGGCGAUGCACUGAAGGAUGUCAGUGUCUUGAUCCCCUACCAAGCCGCCGAGCCCGUCGUCUCGAGCUUCGACGCUACUUAUGACCUCAUGGGUGACAUGCUCGAGUGGACCAUUGGCUCUGUUGACGAUGAGAACGCAAGCGGGUCUUUCGAGUUUGAGGCGGAAGCCAACGACGAAAAUGACUUCUUCCCUAUGACGGUUCGGUUCCACAAGUCGUCGCCCUACGUCGAUGUUGAUGUAACCUCAGUCUCGCUUGUUGACAUGGACGAGGAGAUCACCUUCUCAAAGGACGUCAAAUCUACGGCUGAAAACUACGUAAUUGAAUGA